GGGAAGAUUUUGAGGAAAAGCCGAGGUUUGGAUUGGGUGAAGAUGGCAGCAGGAGGCAGGUGAGCCUGCUGGUUCACACCACCACCACCACCACUGAGUGGGAACGAGUCUCCUGGGGACACACCCCCUGCCAGUAUAGUAUCAGCGCCCGAGAAGGAAACACCAAGGUUUCCGGCUGGUCUAGUUACACGAGCCGUGUACUCAGUUCUCUUAAAUUUGCAGAAGAAAACCGUUAAGUCACAUUCGUCACUUCCCACACUGACAGCAGAGAAACCGUUGCGUCAGCAGUACCUCUUGGGAAAAGUAACCCAACACAGCAGAUGGUUGAGGGAGGCACUCACUGCCCCAGCUGCAUCACUUGGCACAGUGUAGGAGAUGGUUAGCCAAGAUGAGAGAUGGUGGAUCUCAUCUACAGUACACCCAAAGACUAUAAAUGGGAGACAGGAAAGUUAAAUUCAGUGCUUUCCAGACUUGUGUGGCUGGCGGAUGUUAUCCUUGCGCCAUGUGCAACUGUGUCAAUAUAAUGGAAAGAGAUAUAUCAACAUGUACGUACAUGUUUGAAACUUAUGCUUGAAUAUGAAUGCAAAAGAAAACAAAUAUAAGGUAGAUAUAUAUGAGUAAUGUAAACACUAAUGCGAAAUAUAUGGAAAGGGACGAAAAAUAACCUAUUAUGUACAGUAUUUAAAUGCAAAAAUAAAUAUAAAAAUGAUAAACUAAUUUUCCCAUGGCAUGGAACACAGCUGAUACAUAUAUGUAUGUGCCUUAAAAUAUAUAUUGUGGUAUAGGACACAGUACGUGAUUAAAUAUCUAGCAACAAUACGUAUCUGGAAGUAUCUGGCUUAUGUAAACUUUGUGGAAGCUCAAUAGCUGGCACCACUGCUCGACCGCACUGUUGUGCUUCUGGUAACCACUUUCUUAUACGGUACUUCGUAUAUUGACUCACAACGGAGAUGUAUCCCCCAUCAGAAGUGCAAAUGUGUUUCUUAGGCUGAUUAAACUUACUGUAGAGUGUGGAGUGGCGAGUAAUAUAGAACAGUUUACAAGUGGUGGGAUUGUACAAUGUACGGGUAUGUAAACUCAGGAAGACUGACGGUAAUAUAUUUAUUACAUGAAAGGGAACUGCAAGAGGAAAAUGGUGUGCAAUGAAGAGAUGAAAAACAUAAUUUAAACACUUGCGUGGAGUAACAAGUCGAUUGAUCGUGGAAGUGCGUCCUGUAAUCAUCCACGAUGGCAUCUCUGUGGGAGGGUGAGGAUAUGCUGGUGAAACUCUCCACCAUACUCAGGUUUUGCUGUGACUACGCCACGCCACAGCAGCCCCCCAGAGUAGGCGACCUACUCCCCGGCUACCACCGAGGCCAGGUGCUCGACGAGCUCUCCGUCACCGACCAUGACCCGUGGGGACAGCUGCUCCUCAACCACCGCCUGGAGGGUCCUCGCUAUACCAUCCUCCCCACCAUCACGGUCGUGUCUCCAUGGGACGAUGAUGACGCUGCACACCAUUUGCUGCAUGAUCAAGCCAUCGGCGGGAGCAACGCUGUGAACCACAUUAUUGCGCCCACGCGCGUACUGCCACAUCUGCCUGAUGCGUCCACGUCCUCCUCCUUUCAACGGUCUCUUGUGAGCGACGCCGCCCUCAACGCCACUCAAAGAUUCUACGACGCCUUACGAGCGGUGCUGCAUGGUAGCGGACCUGGCACCAUCCCUGCUCUUGGGCAGGAAUCGCGCGCUGGAGGGGAUGUUGUGGUGGCGGAGUUGGCCCCUCACGUCCAGGAGACCUCUGAACCCGCCCUCGUCCCUCACACCGACCCCCACCACAAUGCAUCCAUGUCACCCCUCCUCCAAGUGUGUGCGGCUCUCGGGGUGCUGGUGGUGGUGAUGGUGGUGCUGUUUCACUCUCACCACUUCCGGCGGGACUGUAUGACUGAACGACGAGCCUUGAGACGUGUUGCUCGUCGCUACCACGUCACGCGUGCCCAGGACGACGUGGAGAAAAAUGACUCCUCCGAGGUGACUGAUGUGACGCUGUGAUGUAACGGAUGUGACGCUGUGAUGUGAUGGAUGUAAUGAUGUUUCGACUUACGUGACGGACUUUAUAUUAUGCAGUGACAAACAUAACUGAUGUAAUAAACAUAACGCCGUAACGUGACUUGACGCUGUAAUGUGACGGAGUUGAUAAUGAGAUUUUGUGAGCGAAACUGUAAUCUGUCAGACGUGGUGCAGUGACUGACGUGACGGAUAUAACACGAUGAGACAGAUGUUAUGAUACCAUGUGAUGUAGAUUACGCUAAGAUGUGAUGACCUGACUGUGAUGUGGUGUGAGGGACGUAAUGCUGUGAUGUGUCGGACAUAAUUCUAAUAUGACAUAUUUGGUUCUAUGAAGUGACAGAUAUGACGUUGUGAUUUGAUGAAUAUGAUUUGCUAGGCAUAAUGAUGUGAUAUUUCGGACAUGAUGUUUUCCUAUGACACAGCGCUCUCAGGUCACACAGUGAUGGUAUAAAGAACUUCAUAAUGCUUGAUGUUGAGUGUGACGCUGUGAAGGAUAUUGAUAUAACAGUCAUGAUGCACUCUAACAUACAUUACUUCCUCACCUGGAUCAAUUGUGACGGAUGACACGUUGCUGUGACAGACACGACACUGUCACACCACUGAUGUGAUGUUUAAUUUUAAAAACAAAGUAAUCCCAAUUUAACAUGGAUAUGAAACUAAUAUAACAAAGUUGUAGCACUAGCAUAAUGUUUAUAACCCUUUAACAGUACACUAACGGAAAGGCCGAUGUAAUGCUUAUAAGGCGCAAUUAUAACGUUGAUGAUAAACUAAUAGAGAAAUAUGGUUACCCUAUUAAAUUGUGGAGACCUUACUUAUUCUGUGGAAUUUCCUCAAUAACUUUUAAUGAUAACUGCCAAGGCAUAUAUUAUCUGGUGAUGUUGAUUCAGUCAUGUUUUAAGGUCAACUGCAUACUGUACAUUAUGCGAUGGUUAAGCAUGUGCACGAGCCUUUCCAAUGAGUCUAUAGAUAGUGUAUAUAUUAAGAACACUGAGGCUAAAUGAGUAGUUGUAGGUGUCCAGCUGUCAGUUGUUUCUGCUAUGGCAGCCACUGUCUGAACCUCUGCUGGUUCACAGUCAAUUACUCCUCUGUUUCCUGGUUACUGUGAAAGUACUGGGGAAUUAUUCGGUUGUCUUCCAUAUCUGUAAUUAAAAUACCUCUUUGUUUAUUUUUAUAUGAUUGAAAACAUCUAUUUUCACCUUUUCUGCACAAAAAAGAUUGUUUACUAUAGUGAUAAUUAUUUUGGUAUCGGCAAAUGUAAAAAUACUGCAGCUACUUUCCACCAUCACCAGGUGGUUAACUCCUCUUGUUAGGGCUCCUGAACCACGUGUAAAACAUAAUUAACAACAGCACCUGGAAGCUCGGCUGAAACACCAACAGCAGUGAGAUAAGAUAAACCAGUGUCUGAAAUUUAUGUGACUUAUAUAAAGUCUGAUUUAAUGUUCUUUGCCAGUUGAAUGUUAACGUAUUUGCAGAUUUUUAAACUUAAUUAUAUUUUCGACGAUUACAGAUUUAGUGGGCUUAACAACAGGAAGGGAAAAUGGUUUUCGUUUGUUUCAGCUAUUGAACAAUUAAAAUUUAUAAUAAAUUUUACCUGAAAAGCAUUUUUGUUUCACAGUAAGAAACAUGCAUUAAUGGUAUUUACCAGCAUAGCUAUUCAACCAAUAAUUCAUUAAACUUCUCUGCAUGCCUGAGCAGUUGUUAAGUGUUGUCAGUGAAAAGACGAGUAUUUUAUAAGUCUGAUGUUACAUAUAUUAAUAACUAAUAAAUCCCUCUGUAUGUCUGGGCACCUGUUUUAAUUUUUUCAGUGUUACUAUUCCAGCAGAGCAACUGUACCUGUAGUUGUGGCAACACGAACUACCAGUUAUUCAUACGUAGAUGAGACCCUGAAUGGGAUAAUGGAGGAAAUAGCUAUUUUAACUUCUGUUGCCACCACACACUCAAUAUGUGUUCCCAAAUAAUUACCAUUAAAAUAAUCAGUAUAUGGGAAACAGAGAGGUGAGUAGAUGAGUUUAUCAAAAUUUGUAUGUGAAUAUAUUUCAGCCUGUAUU